GUCCCCAAAUCCCCGGUAUUCCCGGGAGCCUCUAAGCUGAAGAAGUUAAGGAGUCUCCAUUGUUGUGUAAAUUUUGGUGGUGGGCUGGCUAGCCUGUGAGGAUUCCUACUGGGAUCGCGGUGGCUGGUGGCUCAGUUCUAGCUCUUAUCUGGGUCCCCAGUCCUGUGUCCCUCCGACCCGGCUUCCCUCCGGUGUCUCCCCUCCCCCCUGCUCCUGCUGAUUCACUGGCUGCCUGCUCCCACCACAACCCAGCCAUGGCCUUGGUUUUGCAGCUGCUGGUUCUGCUGCUCUCCAGGGCCCAGGGGGACCCCGGGGCUUCUUUGCAAGGGCGCCCUGGUGAGAGGGUGAAUCUCUCCUGCACGGGAGUUUCACAUCCCGUCCGCUGGGCCUGGGCACCCAGCUUCCCCGCCUGCAAGGGCCUGUCCAAAGGACGCCGCAAGAUUCUGUGGGCCUCGACGAGCGGAACUCCCACGGUGCCUCCGCUCCAGCCAUUUGCAGGUCGCCUACGAGCCCUGGACCCUGGUAUCCGGCGGCUGGAGCUGCUUUUGAGCACGGGGGACUCGGGCACCUUUUUCUGCAAGGGCCGCAACGAGGACGAGAGCCACACGGUGCUUCACGUGCUGGGGGACAGAGCCAACUGCAGGGCCCAGGAGCCCACCCAUGCGUCCGUGUAUCCCCAGCUGCUGAUUCCGUUGCUGGGCGCCGGGCUGCUGCUGGGGCUGGCAGCGUUGGGCGUGGCCUGGUGGCAGCGCAGGCGCUCACCCCCGCACCCGCCUCGACCACUCCCCAGUUUUGUUCUGUCCCCUCCACAUAGCUCCACUCGCGAAAGUGGAACCCCAGAGUCCAGUAAAGGAGGAGGAAGAGAAGGAACCACCCAACAGGUCAGGGGACCUGGACCAGGAACCGAGCCUGCUGUAUGCGGAAUUGGAUCCUACUGUGCUCAGGAGGCCCCGCCGGCUGUCCACCGUGGGCCCUGGUGAUGCCUCCACCGUCUAUGCUGUUGUAGUUUGAAGAGACUUCCACGCUGGGAGCCCCCAGCUCUCCAUACCCCUCCUCCUCUCCUUGGCCCCUCCCUUAGUUAGGAGAACUGAGGUCCAGACUGUCUUUGCCUUCAAUGUGGCUCCUUCACCUACUCCCAUCUCUGCUAUAGCAUCCAUGUCUUCAUCACCAGCGACCUCUCUGAAUCUCAUCAAGCCCUGUCUCCCCAUCUUACGACAUGAGCAUCCCCUGGUAGGUGCCGUAAUUCUUCCCAAUCAAGUGCUUUUUUCUUCCCCCACAAUCAAGCUUUUUGAGCCAGAGCCAUACACCCAACUUUUCCUUUUUCUCCUUUUUCGCUUUAUCCUCAUUUCCUAGCUUCUGAAAUUGUUCCUCUGAUUUCCGUGAGGUUGCCAAUGAUGUCCUAGUGGAG